AUUGUAUACAGUACAUAAGGUAUAUUUCAUUGGUACAUAUAUUCAGUAUUGUGCGAAUAAUAAAGUGGUCUUCACUGCCACUUAAAUGUGACGAAAAAAUGAAUAUAAAAUGUUAAUUUCUAACGAUAUAUUAAGGAGAUAUAGAAAUGUCAGCAUACAUGUUUAUAAGUUUGUUCGCAUGUUCAAUGGUAAAUGUGCAUGGACCACAAAACAUCGAAAAAAUAUAAUGCAGUCCCAAUUAGCAGCAACUCCUCGAAAAUUACCAGUCUUUGUGUUUCCCCAAAGUAUCACUUUCUUUUUAGACGAUCAAUCUACUCACAAACAAGUUUUGACUUUGUAUAAUCCAUAUGACUUUCCUGUAAAAUUCAAAGUAUUGUGCACUGCACCAAAUAAAUAUAAAGUUGUUGAUCCAGAAGGUACAAUCAAAGCAAGAUGUUGCGUCGAUAUUGUUGUCAGACAUAUAUCACUUUUAUUAAACAAUUGCAAUGUUAUCGACAAAUUUAGAAUACAAAUGCAAGAACAUCCAACUAAACAAGCUAUAGGAAAACGAGAUGUUGAAGCUAAACUACUUCCUAGUACAAUGGAUACUGCUGGUAGAUCUACCCCUGAUCCAGAAAUGUUUCAACAGCUUCCUAUAAAUGAAAACAGGCAGCAGCAGUCUUAUGCGCUUAUAGCUCAAAAUAAAGCAAUUGAUAGAGGAACAAAUUAUGUUGCACUGAUUGCUGGAAUCAUCUGUAUAGUUGGAUUAUUACUACCUACAGAAGGAGAACAGAACAAUAGAGUGCCUGAUUAUCUUCAUCUCUCGAUAAACUUUAAAUUAAUAUUUUCAUUUGUACUAGGUAUGGUUACAAUAAUUAUUUUAAGGUUAUAAUUCUGGGAUUUACAUAUUCGAGAAAAACUUUAUACAAUGAUUUUAAGCAUGGGAUGAAAAGCACAAUUAAUAUAAGGUUUUUUGGUAUUGUCUCUCUUUUGAUACUGAAUAUACCUAACUCUAGUCUACAAACGCUCAGCCAUCACAUUAUAUUAUGAAUAAUGCUGAUCUUUUAUUCUUUUAAAGCUUUUGACAUUAUAAAUUCUUAUCCGCGUUUGUGCUUUAUUACCCUAUGUGUGUCCUAUGUAAAGAAAAUCUGUACAUAAGAAAUUCUGAUGGUGUUAUUGUCUUUUUCUAUAAAAAAAAUAGAAUAUUUAUAUAAAAAUUAAUAUUUCGUUUCCAUUGAAAUGAUUUUUAUAUAGAAUUAUAUAUAGAACAUAUGAUUGAGAUGUACUUAUGCAUUCUAUCAAAAUAUGAUCUCAUGUACAAAUGUAUAAAUUUAUUGUGUAAAAUGAGUUUUGAGAUGUAAGUACCCUUGAAUAAAAAUGUUUCAAAUACAAAAUAAUUUUUCAAUUUUUGUAAUGAAAUUCCACUUAUAACAGUGGAUACAAAAUUUCUUAUGAAUAGACAUAAAAGUUAUAUAUAUUUUUAUUUCAUUUUAUUUUAUUUUAUUUUAGAAAUAAGAACUUUUUAUUAUCAACAUGUAUUU